AUGGGUCAAGCAUCAUAUGGUCCCGAUAGACAAGAAGAGAAAAGGAAGAAAGGGAAGGAAGGGGCUGACAAGAAGGGGAAAGAGAAGACUGCAUCGCGGCUUGCAGAGGAGCGGGUGCCGGUGUCGGAACAGGGGCUGCCCGUGGAGGUGGGGCUGGCGGCAUCCCCCGCCCCGGUGGCUGCAGCUGAGAUCGCGGCGGUUGUGACUGCUGCGGCUCGGGGACGGGAGGGUGAAACGGACGAAGUGGAUGCGACGACGGCCGUUGCGUCCGCCGGAACGGCUGCUGCUGACGAGGGCGCAGGCACGCGGGGGCGCGGCCAGGCGGCGGAUGAAAGACAGCGCCGCGGGAAGAGCGUCGCUUCUCCCGCCGCUGCUCCCCCCGCCCGCGGGAAGAAGGGGAAGUGGCCUCGUGCCCAGCCAGCAGCGAGGCGGCCCGGAGCAGGGCUGGGACCUGGUUCCCCGGGACCCCUCCUGGGCUGGCUGCUGCCAGGGCGGUCGCCACAAGAGCUAACGCGUCCGUCGUCAUCGCAGGGCGGGCCGUCCCAGCAGAUCGCCUCCGACGAAGUCCUUCCCGCCGGCGAACAAAUACCCGCCGACCGAGGGGCCGUGCAGGAACCAGGGAUGACGCCACCCAUGGAGCCGGGCUCCGGCAACCGCGCCCCGCCAGCAGCGACAGAGGUGGCGGCGGCAGCUGGUGAGAUCGUGCCCCCGCAGAUGGGAACCAGGCGCUCGGCGAGGCUAGGAGCGAUCACCUGGGGCCCGCCACGUGGCGGACGAACGCCGUGGAUGCCGGCAGGACGGGGGGGACUCAACGGCGCAGCAACAGGAACGGCAGGCGGAGCGGGGAGGGGAGCUCGCGGGGGUUUCCGCGGAGGCCUGAGAGGGGGACGGGGGGGGCGCAACCGGAUCCCCAGAUCUGAUAUUCCUGUUAGAACAGGCCCUUGGCGGGAACGCCACGACAGGCCGGAGAUGCAGGAAGCGGGAGCGAAUGAGGAGCGCGAAGGUUCUGACAACUCCAGGAAUGACCCAGAGUUUAUGGGUGGUGAGGAGGAGGAGUCUGAAGAAAUCUCCUUAGACGAUGAGGAGGAACCGGCAAGGAGAGCCACACAACGCCAGGAGAGGGCGGCGGGUGGAGAUGCCCCACAAAGUCUGGGGGGGGAAGGAGAACCAGCCACGGAGGACACCGAUGUGCCAUCGCCUGCCGACCUGGCAGGCAAGGAGGACAUCUGGCGGGCUGCGGGGGCCUGGAACGUGGAUAUCCUGUCUCGGGGGGACCAGCCGUUUCUCGUCCGCCGCCUGCCCCCACAGAUCCUGGACAGAUACUUUUGGAGUAGCGGUGCCAGGAGGAGCGGAGUGUAUUAUCCACACCGUCCGUUCCCUACUUCGAGAGGAUGA